CCCCUCCCCCACCACCCCCAUAAAUGGCGGGAACGCGGCGGGGGGGGGAGGGGAAGAGCCAGAGCAACGGAACAGGACAAACAUGGCCGGGGGUUCCCCCAAAAUGUUUGGGGUGCUGCUGCCUGUUGCUGAUAUGGGACGCUGCUGGCGCCGCCCCCUCGGCCCCUCCCCCCCCCGACAGCCCCUCCCCCCUGUGGGGGCUCCUGGGGGACGUGGGGGGGGCGACCCGGGAGCUGUGGGGCAAGAUCGGGGUGUCCAGCGCCCCCCAGAGGCUGCGUGACGCCUACGACCGCGGCACCUCGGCCGUCCUGACCUACACGGGCAUCCUGAGCGACCAGCUCUACCAUUGGUGGCAGGGGGACCAGUGACCCCCAAAAUGGGGGGGGGUCCCCCUUGUCACCCCCCUUGUCACCCCCCUUGUCACCCCCCUUGUCACCCCCCUUGUCACCCCCCCAUUGGU